AAUUAGCCAACGACAGAGCGCGAGACGUUCCGAACAAGAGCGUCUGCAUGCGCCCGGCCAACCAUGUGCUCCAGGAAACCACGUACACGGACGCGUACGUCCACGGGCACGACGUGGCCGGCGGCAUCUCGGCCGUCGAAGGCGCAUGGACGCGGCUUUUGCAGCGCCAUCGCCACCUCUACUUUAGCGUCAUGGCGCCGCUCUCGCAGUACAGUUCCGACGACAAGCGGCCGUUGUACUACUCGCCGACGCAGCUUGCCACCGCGGCGGCGACGAUUGAAGCACGCACCGAGCACGUCGUCGCGCUCCAGCACCAGCUUUUGCGUGACUGGCACAGAGGCGCCACCUGCUUCCAAGCCGCGUGGCGGGGCUGUCUCGCACGGCGCCUCACGCGUCGCCAGCGCUUUCUGCUCAAGAUCGAGCGGGUCGAUCAACUGUACUUUGUUGCGUUUCAUCGCCGCCGGCUCGCGAUCGCUCGCCGCGAGCGACGUGUGCGAAAGGCUGCUGCGCACAUCAAGUCUCUCGCGCGGCGGGCCCAUGUGCGGGCGACUCUUGUGCAGCGCAGUGUUCGACUCUACCUCUUCAAGUGCGCGCGCUGGCGCGCCGCGGCGACGCUUGUGCGCUGGUAUCGCCGCGUGCAUCACCGCGCCAAGCUUCGUGCGUGUGCGCGGCGCCUGCAGCGGUUUGUCGACUGGAAGCGGCGCGAAGUGCAGCUCCAGGAGCUCGCCGCCGUCGCUGUUGCCGCACGACGCAAGCAUAUCGAGGCCAAGCAAGCAGCGUACUUUGCGUUGCAGCCCGACCACGUCAUUGUGCACCGCCUCGUGAUGGCGCGCAAGCAAGACAUCUACCGCGCACUGCACCCCCAGCAAGCGAUCAACCAGCGACUUCGGUCGAGUACCGAGAUGAGCGUUGCGCCUUUGCGAAUUCCGAUGGCCUCGAAGGCGAUGCUAGCCAAAGCUUCGGUGGCCCGGUCCAAGCUGCGAUGAGAGCAAACAUUCAAUCAACUAGUCGAAAAGAGCUAACUAACUAAUCGAGCACAAGGAC